AUGAACCUACCAGCACUCAGGGAUGUCCAGGUGGGCAUCAUCGGUAUGGGAGAGAUGGGCAAGAUGUACGCUCGCCAGCUUGCCAAGGCGGGUCACGUCGAUAGGAUCAACGUCUGUGAUCGACCAGAGCGCUAUGAGACCCUCGCAAAGGAAAUGCAAGGUCAAGGCCUGAGCGUCAUGAAAGACGGCCAUCACGUUGCUCGUACAUCCGACUUUAUCAUCUAUUCUGUAGAGGCAGAGUUCAUCAACUCUGUCGUUGCUCAGUAUGGCCCUUCGAGCAAGAUUGGAGCUAUCGUUGCUGGUCAGACAUCCGUCAAGGCACCGGAGCGAGCGGCCUUCGAGGCCCAUCUGCCUCAGGAUGUCAGCAUUGUCUCGGUGCAUUCGCUGCACGGCCCAAGCGUGCCGUCAGAGGGCCAGGCGCUCAUCAUCAUACAGCACAGAGGUACAGAGGCACAUCGCCAGCUCGUCGAAGAUAUAAUGGCGCCCCUCAAGUCUCGUCACGUUCAUCUCUCUUACGAAGAUCACGAUCUUGUCACGGCCAACACGCAAGCUGUCACGCAUGCCGCCUUCCUGAGUAUGGGCACCGCUUGGAACAAUAUGGGCAGAUUUCCGUGGCAGACAGGCCGCUACAUCGGCGGUAUAGAGGUUGCCAAGAUCAACAUCGCCCUCCGCAUUUACGGUCAAAAGUGGCACGUCUACGCCGGUCUGGCGAUCCUCAAUCCUGCCGCUCAGCAUCAGAUACGACAAUAUGCUAAGAGUGCCAGCGAUUUGUUCAAGCUCAUGAUAGAGGAGCGCGUGCCGGAGCUUCGAGAACGCAUCUUUCGAGCCAGAGACUACAUUUUCCCUCCUGACAACGCUGCAGCCCGGCCGCUCUUCUUGUCAGACACCGUCUUCGACCAGUUUGCAAUCGGAUCAAAGACGAGCGGCUACACCCCGCCUCUGAAUUCGCAUCUUAGCCUGCUCGCCAUGGUUGACUGCUGGCAGCAACUCAAGAUUCAACCCUUCAAGCAUCUCGAGCUCGCAGCCACGCCCGUCUUCCGUCUCUGGUUCGGCGUCGUCGAAUAUCUCUUCCGGGAUGAGGCCCGUCUCGAGCAGGCGAUCCAGGCAGGAGCUAAAGCAAAGACUCAUGCUUCCGAUGACUGUGAAUUCGUCGUAGCCGCGCGCGGUUGGUCGCAAUGCGUCGACUUUCAGUCAUUCAGCUGGUAUCAGCAUCGCUUUGAAGAAACGAGCAACUUCUUUGCUGGCAUGAUAGAAGAGAGCAAUCUGCAAGGUGCCAACAUGCUCAAAGAAAUACUCUCGCAGCGCCCCUAA